GGGCUCUCCGGCAGCAGUAUGCAAGAUGCGCUUUCUCUGGCUGAUGGGACUGAUUGUGGCCGGGGCCCUCUUCGAGGCCUCUGCAUCCAAGUGCUCAAAGAGAAGACCAAGAACAUGUGUAGCCAGGGAACCAACCAACGUCGACGACAACAGCGAUUUGUCGGAAGACUGCGAUUGCUCCGAUGGCAAUGAGGAAGAGGAGCCGACACGCACCACAGCAGAACCAACCAACCAGCCACCGUGUGGCAGUGGCAACGGGGAAGAAGUUCCCUGUGGUCCAACCACCCAGCCCCCGAUAUCAGACUGCCAGCCCACCUGCAGCACCUUGUCACACUCUGAGGCCACGUCGCCUGGCACGACACGCACCACAGCAGAACCAACCACCCAGCCACCGUGUGGCAGUGGCAACGGGGAAGAAGUUCCCUGUGGUCCAACCACCCAGCCCCCGAUAUCAGACUGCCAGCCCACCUGCUGCACCUGGUCACCACCUGUAACACCACUCCCAGACACGUCGCCUGGCACGACACGCACCACUGCAGAACCAACCACUCAGCCACCUUGUGGGUGUGGGGAAACCAGAGCUCGGAAGCACGGCCGACGCAAAUCGUGUGGUUAGAGAAAGGGAGCACCCAGCAACACCACAAAGGUGGAUCAGGAACAGCCUGCGAGGCAUCCAAUCCUCCCAGGCCGAUCCCAUUAAGUCUCAAAUGAUACAAAAAUAAUAAAAAACCAAACCAAAACAGGCGGUAAAGAU